AUGGCUUUCCCUGGUCCUCAUCAUCCUCCUCAAAUGCCUAAACCUCCUAAACUUCCGGUCCCUCUUACCACCGACUAUUUCGAACAACGCUUGCGACCUAUCUUCAUCCUCUGCGUUGCUACGCUCGCGUUGACCUUGACCGUCUCUGUUGGAUACGUGUAUGUAUCAACCUUGCUCUCAAUCUGCCGCUAUACUGACCAAUACGCUGCUGCAGAUUCAUAUCGUGGAGACGAUCACACAGCCAGUACCGCAGAACGUCGACGACGCGGGGUCAAUGGCCAUCUCCCUCAGGCGACGGGGCGCCAUCUCGUUCGGGAGACGGGGCUGAUAUCGAGAGCUACCCGUACACGAUCAACAGCGCUGGCAGUCCUCCUACAAGCACACUGA